AUUUCGAUGUGCAUAUGAGCGCACUCUAGUGUCGAAUACGUUAUAUUAUCUGACGGAUCAUAUCGAUACAUUGCACAUUCUUUCUACCGACAUGUGUAUUUAAUGUGUUGUUCCAAAAAAUAUAGACAUUGAUUUUCUACCUAAGUAGGAAUUAUCGCGCGUGUUUUUGUUUUUAAUCAAAAAAUUGAUAAUCGAUUUGUUAAUCGAUUCCUUUCUUUUUUUCCACAUCUCUCGACAACGUUGUUUUUCUAUCUGCGUUGCUCUAUAUGCGCAAACGUAUCUUCAAAGAUAUAUAUAUGAUUUUUGCACGUACAACAGAUAUAAUAGAAUGAACGAAGAAAAUAAACAAAAAUCGUGUAAUAAUUCUCAACGAAAUAACGUAAAUACUCACAUCAUGGUUUCGAUACUUAGUAUCGGUAUCGGUUCUGUAUUGUUCGCGUAUGUGGCAUUUGCUUCAACGAUCGGUACACAAACUUCUAUACAACAGGUGAUAUUUGUUUUUCGACAUGGAGAUCGUAACCCUACGGAAACUUAUCCAAAUGAUCCAUAUCGAAAUUACGAAUGGCAAGGUGGUUGGGGAGCUUUAACAAAGGAUGGCAUGCUACGAAUGUAUAACAUUGGUCAAUGGAUUCGCACUGAAUACGGCUCGAUAAUUGGCAACACAUACGAUAGUACUCUAUCUCUGACGCAGAGUAGUUAUGCGGAUCGGUGUAUAAUGUCCGCGCAAGUUUUAUUAGCAGGUUUAUAUCCACCAACCAAUGAGGAAAUUUUUGUAUCAGGUUUGACCUGGCGACCCGUCCCUGUUCAUUCGACUCCCAGAAAUUUGGAUAAGAUGAUUGUAGUUAAAGCACCUUGUCCAAGAUUAGAAAAAGCUUUGAAAGAAGCAUACGUGAACGAUUCUAAAAGUGCAGAAUUCCCAUCAAGCAAAUACUUUCAAGAACUUUCUAAUUAUACCGGGCAAAAUAUUUCAACGAUUACCGAUAUUGAAUUUUUAUACAACACUUUGGAAAUUGAAGAACGCAAUGGUUUAAAAUUACCCGAAUGGACAAUCAAAUACUAUAAUCGACAAAUGCGUGAAAUCGCAGCUCGUAGCUUAUCCCUAUUUACGAGUAAUACAUUGCAACAACGACUUCGCGGAGGGCCAUUGCUCAAAGAAAUUUUGGAACGUAUGAAUUCAUUUAAUAAUAAUCAAGAUACAAGACGAGCAUAUUUUUAUUCUGCUCAUGAUAUAACUCUCGUUAAUUUGUUAAGAACCAUGGGUUUCACGGAUGAAUACUUCAAACCUGAAUAUGGAUCGACGCUUAUUUUUCAAUUGCAUGCUGGAUCCAAUUCUACAGAGGAUAUGGAAUUGAAGUUGAUGUAUCUAAAUGAUACAAAAACACUUAUACCACGCUCUAUGGAUAUACCUAAGUGUGGUACACCUUGUCUGUUAAAAAAUUUGAUGAAAUUGUGGAAAAACGUACUUCCCGAUAACUGGGAUAAUGAAUGCUUGUAUUCAUUACUAUUCAAGAUGUUCAGUUGGUUAACUCGGGAAGAAAGCGGUAAACAGGAUCUCUUUGAAAAUGUUGCUGAUGGCCUCAAAAAAAUAUACAAAUCAAAAUUAUUGCCUCUUGAACAACAUUAUCAAUUCCAUGAUUUUCAUUCACCUCAACUUGACGAUCCAGAUUUUGAUGCAAAACCCAUGAUUCUUUUGGUGGGUCAAUAUUCCACAGGCAAAACCACUUUCAUCAAAUAUUUACUAGAACGAGACUUCCCUGGAAUAAGAAUUGGACCUGAACCAACGACAGAUCGCUUCAUUGCAGUUAUGUACAAUGAGAAAGAGGGUGUAAUCCCUGGGAAUGCUUUAGUUGUUGAUCCAAACAAGCAGUUUCGUCCACUUUCUAAAUUUGGAAAUGCUUUCCUUAAUAGAUUUCAAUGUUCUACGGUCGCGUCUCCUGUUUUAAAAGGCAUAUCUAUAGUUGAUACACCUGGUAUUUUAUCAGGUGAAAAACAAAGGGUGGACAGAGGUUAUGACUUUACUGGCGUUAUGGAAUGGUUUGCCGAACGAGUAGACAGAAUCAUCUUAUUAUUUGAUGCUCAUAAACUUGACAUUUCUGAUGAAUUUAGACGUUUGAUCGAGGCAUUACGUGGUCAUGAUGAUAAAAUUAGAAUUGUUCUCAAUAAAGCUGAUAUGAUUGAUCAUCAACAACUCAUGAGAGUAUAUGGAGCAUUAAUGUGGUCUUUAGGAAAAGUUUUACAAACUCCUGAAGUAGCUAGAGUAUAUAUUGGCUCGUUUUGGGAUCAACCUUUAAGAUAUGAUGUAAAUAAAAGAUUAUUCGAAGACGAGGAACAAGAUUUAUUCAAAGAUAUGCAAUCAUUACCUAAAAAUGCAGCGCUUAGAAAGCUUAAUGACUUGAUUAAACGUGCACGGUUAGCAAAGGUGCAUGCUUAUAUAAUCAGUGCUUUAAGAAAAGAUAUGCCCAGUGUAUUUGGUAAAGAUACUAAAAAAAAGGAACUUAUAAAAAAUUUGGGUCAAAUUUAUGAUCAAAUACAAAGAGAACAACAGAUUUCACCUGGCGAUUUUCCAGACUUGAAAAAAAUGCAAGAAUUCUUAGCUCAUCAUGAUUUUAGUAAAUUCAAUACUUUGAAACCUAAAUUGUUAGAAGUGGUUGAUAAUAUGCUUGUUAAAGAUAUUGCUCAACUUAUGAGUAUGAUUCCUCAUGAAGAAAUUGGUACAACAUCAGAUUUAUUCGUGAAAGGCGGUGCGUUUGAAGGAGUAGUUGAUCAAGUGAGUCCAUUUGGAUAUAAACGAGGGGAAGGUAUCGAUGCUGGUGCAGGUGAACCGGAAUGGAUAGUUAAUAAGGAAAGAUAUAAAUACAAUGCAAUAUUCGAAAAACUCGGUCCAUGUGAUGGAAAAAUCACAGGUGCAGCGGCAAAAUCGGAAAUGGUAAAAUCAAAAUUACCGAACAAUGUACUUGGAAGAAUUUGGAAAUUAUCCGAUAUAGAUAAGGAUGGAUUUCUAGAUUCUGAUGAAUUUGCUUUAGCGAUGCAUUUAAUUAAUGUAAAACUCGAAGGUUAUGAUCUACCUGCAGAAUUACCAGAUCAUUUAAUACCGCCGUCGAAGCGGAAUGCAUAAUUUAAUUUUCAAUAUUAUAUUCAUAUCUGUUCAUUAAUAAUAUGGUUUGAUGUAUGUUUGGUAUAUGUUUACUGCGCACACAUACAAUUAUAUUUAUUAAUAUAUAUAUAUAUAUAUACACACUCGCCAAUACAACAUCGCCAAAUAUCAAAUCGAUCAAUGUUGCUAAAUUUAUUAAAUGUUCGGAAGAGUAUGCGAUAGUCAUGAAUUUUACUUCAUUAAAUAUUUUUAUAGUUUUCAUCUAAUUAAAAUGCAAAAAAUUUGGAAAAAAAUAAUAAUAAAAUGGUUUUUCUUAAAUUGAAAAUUGUUUUUCAUGGCAUAACUUAUUCAAUGCUUUCAAAAUAUACCACAUACUCUUUCGAGUUAUGCUUUUUAUAUUCAAACAUUUGGAUUUUUGAUAAAAGUACAAAUUUUUACUUUUU